CCAUCUUUCCCCUCUGGCGGGAAAAUAACCCCUAAAAUUAUAUUUCACAGAAGAGGAACCAUUUCCCUCCAAACCCCAAACCCUCACAUUCCAGUGUUCUUCGUCUCCGAGCUCAAACUCAGAUUCAGAUCGUCUUGGCUUCUGGUUCAACGGUGUUUUUUUUCCCGAUAUGGAGGUGGUAGUGGGUGGAAAUGACAGUAGCAAUGUGCAGAAGAUGGACGGUCAAGAUCGACCGAAGAAGACCCAGAAGCGGAAGAGGGUUAUUUUGGCCACGGAGAAGCUGGGUAAGGAGGAAAGAGAGGCAAAGGUCGAAGCUUUGCGAAAGGAGAUUGAUGGGCUCUUUUCGUAUUACAAGGAAGUGAUGGGUCAGGGCCAGAUUGCGGGGUUGGAUCCAAAUCUGUGUCGCAAUGGUGCGAAUGCUGUCGUUGCGUCGUUGAUGGAGGAGAGAGACCUCCCUCUGUCCAAACUCGUGGAUGAGAUCUACGCCCAGGCGAAGAACCUUAACGACACCGUUUCUGAGGGUCUGACGGUGGCGACUGUGAAGAGCACUGUGCUGUUUGUUGGGCAGAGAAUGAUGUACGGCGUUCCCAAUGUCGACGCCGAUGUAUUGGAAGACCAGUCCGACUCCUGUCUUUGGUGCUGGGAGACAAGGGAUCUUAAGCUGAUGCCAAAAUCUGUGCGUGGAGUGUUGACCAUUAGGCGCACUUGUCGAAAAAGGAUCCAUGAGAGAAUAACUGCUGUUUCUGAAAUGAUUAUGGCAUUACAGAAACCCGAGGAAGAUCAGAAUUACAAAACUGAGCUGAUGAAGGCAUCGGAAAAGCUUUAUAAAGCACGCAAUGAGGCCGAAAUUCGGUUGUUAGUUAAUGGUCUGAUGGAAAAAAGUGAUGCAGACCUGGCUGGAAAGGAUGCGAAAAGAGAAGAGAAAUUGCUCGUUAAGCAACUGGAGAGAGAGAAGCGGGAGGCUGAAAAAGAGAAGAAAAGAUUGGAAAAAGAACUUUUGAAGGAAAAAUUGCAAAGUGAAAAGGAACAAAAGCGGCUGCAAGAGGAGGCAGAGAAGGAUGAGAAGCGUCGCGAGAGGGAAGAGUUGGAGAUGAAGAAACAGCUGAGGAAGCAGCAAGAAGAAGCAGAGAAAGAUCAAAGACGUCGGGAGAGGGAAGAAGCUGAGCUGAAAAAGCAACUUUCUAUACAGAAGCAAGCUUCAAUUAUGGAGCGUUUUCUUAAGAAAAGCAAAACAAGUCCAUUGCAAGCUGAAAAAUCUUCUCCUAAAAUAAGUACAACUGUUGUAACAUUGAGUGAAAGGAGUGAAAAAGUCCCCGAGGCAGUAACCCAGUUAAUGGAUUGUACCCUCUCGUUAAGGGAAGAUGUUAACAUCGCUGAUAUAUGCAAGUUACACUUUUCUUCUUGGCGUCGCAUAGGUCACUCGAUUCGUUCAAAUAGAAACCAACAUUGGAGCCUACGUCAAAAGCCUAAGGCUGAUCUAGUUAAAGAACUUAAGCUCACCACCCCAACUAGACCGCUUAUUGUGGUGUUAGAUGAGUCAAAUGAUGAGAAGCUUGAAAGCGGGUGUGGAGAAUGUGUUUCUGAUGACAGGUCAUGUCAGCCAAAUGCCACUUGUUCCCUCUCUGAUGUCAAGAAGUUCAUUAGGAGGAAGCAGUUGUUGCAAUUCGACAAGAGCCACAGGCCUGCAUUUUAUGGUAUAUGGCCCAGUAGGAGUCGUGUUGUUGGACCGCGACAUCCUCUUACAAAGGACCCAGACUUGGAUUAUGACAUUGAUAGUGAUGAGGAGUGGGAGGAGGAGGAUCCUGGUGAAAGCCUUUCAGAUUGUGAAAAAGACGACGAUGCCGAAAGUUUAGAGGGAUGUUCAAAAAAUGAGGAUGAAGAUGAAAGUGAGGAUGAGUUUUUUGUACCUGAUGGGUAUCUUUCAGAUAAUGAGGGAGUACAAGUGGACAGGAUGGAAAUUGAUGAGUCUAAAAGCUCACCUGGUUUAGAAAGUGAGGAAUUUCGUGCUUUGCUUCGACAGCAAAAGUAUGUGAGCAAUUUGACUGAUCAUGCUCUCCGGAAAAAUCAGCCUUUGAUUAUCUUGAACUUGAUGCAUGAGAAGACCUCGAUGUUAACUGCUGAAGAUCUUACUGGUACUCCUAGGAUGGAACAGAUGUGCUUGCAAGUCCUUAGUUUGCGAUUAUUCCCUGGUGGUUCACCAGUAGAGAUCUCUCUUGAUAAUGCGGAAGAAAACGAACAAGAAGCUUCCCCCUCAAGUGGCAAGGGAAGAACCACACCAACUUCAACUGUGGUUGCCCUAUCAGAUUCGGAUAUGCGUACAGUUGUGUCUACUAUUCAGUCGUGCUCCCAGGGUAUCCAUAAAUUAGUAGAACUUUUGCAGAUGAAGUUCCCUUCUCACUCAAAGGCUCAUUUAAGAAACAAAGUGCGUGAGAUAUCAGAUUUUGUGGAUAACCAUUGGCAGGUUAAGAAAGAAGUCUUGAACAAACUUGGCUUAUCCCCAGAAGAAAAGGGAACCAGAAGGACCAAAAGUAUAGCCACUUUCUUCUCAAAGAGGUGUUUACCGCCUGCUGGUAAAGGCGUCAACCCAAGUGAAACUUCGCCUCAGCCGUCCCUGAAAACCAAUUUUGCUGUGGAGGAGGGGCAGCAGAGUUGCACAUAGAAGAUGAACACGGCCAAGGUCUGGUAAUAAAAACAUAUAUAAGCGCCUUUUGUAAUAUUCCAAGUUUUAUAUUUUGGAUGUGCGGAGGAUACCCCAACUCAAAGUAUGACUCUAGUUUUUGAAUAGAUGACAAAGUUGUAAUAGGUGGGGGGUGAUAUCUGCAGUCUGCUGUUUGUUAUACAGUAACAUGAAAGUGAUGACUUGUUGUUUACUGCCAACUUUUACAGUGAGGGGUUUCGCUUGCCACGGAAGAGAAGCCCUUUUUAUUUCUUUUGUGAGAUUGUUGUUUUAUAUUCAUACAAUGAAGAUACCACCUAGAAUCUCUAUUGUCUACACCUAAUGUAUUGUUCAGCCAUAAAUGUUGCCAAUCAAACUCAAAACACUUGUGAAAAUAAGUGUUUUAAGUGCAAUUAAGUAGUCUUUGACAUU